GUCGCUUUCACGGUGGCGUCAUCAGCUUGCGACGAUGCAAAGCUUUAACCGACUACUUUAAAGAAAGGGGAAAAAGCGAUGACAAGUUUAAAACAGGCUUUAAAAACACACUUUGGGUUCAAUAAUUUUAGGUCUAAACUGCAGGAAGAUGUCAUCAAAGCAGUCCUCAAAGGUGACAGGGAUGUGUUCGUGUGUAUGCCCACUGGAGCAGGAAAGUCUCUUUGCUAUCAGUUGCCUGCAAUGCUGGCAGAGGGCAUCACUCUGGUCAUUUCCCCGCUGAUCGCCUUAAUCCAGGACCAAGUCAACCAUCUGAAGGAGCUGAACAUCCCCGCCUGUUCCAUCAACUCCAAGCUCAAUGUGGGUGAGCGCCGUCUCAUCCUGGCCGAUCUGGGGAGCAGCAGCCCCAAGCUGAAGCUUCUGUACAUCACUCCAGAGAUGGUGGCUUCCCCCUCAUUCCAGCCUUGCUUGACUGACCUGUGCUCCCGCAGUCUGCUGUCCUACGUGGCUGUGGACGAAGCUCACUGUGUCUCCCAGUGGGGCCAUGAUUUUAGACCAGACUAUCUUAAGCUGGGUGAGCUGCGAGCUCGCAUGCCGGGAGUGCCCUGCUUGGCUUUGACGGCAACGGCGCCCAAGAAUGUCCAAGAAGACAUCGUGAAGUCAUUGAGGCUGAGCUCGCCGCUGUCGUUCGUUACGCCUGUUUUUCGGAGUAAUUUGUACUAUGAUGUAAUCUUCAGGGACCUGCUGCCCAACCCUUAUGUGCACCUUCAUGCCUUCAUUAGGAAGGCUCUGGAAAUGGAGAAUGGCUCAAAUGGACAGGGCUGCGGGAUCGUUUACUGUCGAACCAGAGAAGGCUGUGAAACUGUGGCUUACCAGCUGACUAAGCUUGGCGUCUUGGCCAAACCAUAUCAUGCAGGUUUGAAAGCAGGAGAUCGCACAGAAGCACAGAAUGAGUGGAUGCAGGGGAAGGUGCUGGUCAUCGUUGCUACCAUCAGCUUUGGUAUGGGGGUCGAUAAAGCUAAUGUCAGAUUUGUAGCUCAUUGGAACCUGGCUAAAUCACUGGCUAGUUACUACCAAGAGUCGGGUCGCGCCGGCAGAGACGGCCUCCCCUCCUCAUGUCGCACCUACUACUCUCCCAAAGAUAAGGAGCAAAUAAACUUCCUCAUCCGACAGGAGGUCAACCGAAGACAGGAAAAACGCGGCUCUGCGAAGGAGUCGGAUAAAAGCGCCAUCACUGACUUUGAAGCCAUGGUGCUGUUUUGUGAGCAGGAGAGUUGUCGCCAUGCCUCCAUCUCCAAGUUUUUUGGGAACAAGACGCCAAACUGCGCAGGAGCCUGCGACUUUUGCCGUAACCCCAAGAUGGUGCGGGCGCAGCUGGAGAGAGCGGCCGCACUCAGCACCAGGACCGAGGCGGCCCAGAGCAGCGAACCCAGAGGCGCCUUCGGCUUCCAGCCGAGCCUCUACGGAGGAGGAAAGAAGGGCUACGGCUUUGAAAGGUACGACGAAGAGGAGGGAGGCAGUGGUGAAGAUGAGGGCGCGAAGAGGAAAAAAGAGUUUUCAGAGCUCUUUAAGAAGCAGAUGAAGCUGCGGAAGGGCUCUGACAGUCAAAGUGAAGACUUCGUUCUGCCAGAUCCCGAUUGUCCGCUCAGGGAGGCCAGCAGCGAUAAGAUCCCCAAGCUCACCGUGAAGACCAGAGAGCACUGCCUAUCCCGCCUACAGGAGGCCCUACAAGGCCAGCAGGGGGCAGAAGGUGCAUUUAAUGAUGACAGUCUUUUGCUAGCUGUUGAUAUGGAAUAUGAAAUCUUCAAAAAAAGCAAAUCCUCAAACUUGUACAAAGCAGCCAUCCUAAAACAGGUUUUAGAGAUGAAAGCAACGCCUUCUUCUGAAGCUAAAAAUAAUGGAGCAGACGAGAGCAGGACAUCCAGAGAAGCUGAGAUGAAGCUCAAGGAGGAGGCUUCCUCCUCUUCUUCGUUUACAUAUCCUGCUGAGCUGCAGGGCUUCACCUCUGCGUCUGAGAUGUACUCUAUUAAACGAAAGAGAGUAGGAGCAGGCCAAAGGGGCUCCUCGAACCCCUACGUGACUGCCAGAGAGCUGCUGAAAGCCUCCAUGUCUGACAUCCCCGACAAAGGGACAGAGAGUGGCGGGUUUGUCUGCGACACCUCAGGAGAGUCGGACGCAAAGAAGAUCAGGGAGACCGAAAAAGAGACGAUCUCGCCAUUCGUCCGAGCGCCCGCCGCCGGUGCUUCCACAGUCAGCCCAUCGAAAGGAGGCAGAGGCGUCAGCAAAAAGCAGCAGAAGCUGGCAGAGGCAGCAAAGAGCUCCCACAACAUCUUCCAGUACUUUCAGAAGAAACUGCCAGAGCAGACAAAAUGUGAGGAAGAGGAGACGAAAUGUGAGGAAGAGGAGGCGCCCAAUGAAGCAGAAAGUGCAAUAGUUGAUUCAACAGCUGCGGUUUCUCAGGAAAACGGCUGGCAGCAGCGCUCCCCAAGCAGCCCUGUGGCAUCAGACACUGAGGAAACUAAAACUGAAGUGAUGGUUAUCACUGAUGAUGAAGAGGAGAAACCACUGAAAGUAGUUCAAGAAUCGUCCGGACAGGAUAUGAUUCUUACCUCAGAAAAAAGCCAACCUGAUGAGGAAUCAAAUCCAGAAGAGAUUGAAGCAGACAGGGAGUCGCCUCCACCGCCAAAGCGCAGCCGACUUACCGGCGGAAGCAAAAGAGUGACGUUCAACCCCAACGUGCAGCAUAAAGUCCUGCAGUCGCGCAGCAAAGCGGUGAAGCCCGUGACCCUGAAGGAGGCGGCUGAGGUUGUAGUCCGUUACCUGGACCCCUUGUACACUCAGGGAAAGUUUGCCACCAAGGAGCUAUUCAAGGCGUUUGCUCGCUACUUGUCGCACCUUCUUGCAGAAAAAGUGGGAAAGGAUCAAGUUAAAGCUGAGGCCAAGAAGCUCAUCAAGACCUAUUUCAGCAAAGUCCAGCGAUGUGAGAAUGAGGCGGACUGGGAGCUUCUAAAAGCACCGCACAGCAGGAAAUCCACAGAAAACAAAAAAUAAAGGAAGCUAAAGUCAGUUUUUCAACCUUUUUAACUCAAUGCCUACAUGCCUUUCCAGUUCCUUAGAUGAUGGAUUCUGUCCCAGAUGUCUGCAAGUCAUGUUCUUAUUAAAGUCUAUUUUGUUGCAAGAGUUAUUCCUCCUCAAAAGCAUGGAGUGAGCCACUUAUGAGACAAAUGCUUUGACAGUUUUUCCCCAUUGACAGAAAUGUGUGUGUUGCUGCAUAGUCUAACUUCUGUCAGGUUGGCUUUAAAGCUGGUAGUUUUCUUUUUCUUUUUUAAUGCAGGAAUGAGGCUCCAGCUCUCUGAGGCGGUAUCUGGGACCUUUUACACACUGGACACGCCGGCCAAAAAUAAAACGAGAAGCAAUGAUUCAUCAAAAAGCAAACCGUGCAUUUGGCUCGCUCUAAUGACAGUGCUAGAGAAUAAUUUUUCUCAAGUUUACAUCAAUUGAUCUCAUUUCUAUUCAGAUCUUUGUUUAAAAGCAUUUUUUUGAACAUCUCCUUCAAAAUAAAAGCCCAAACCCUGGGAUCUUUAUUACAAAAUAAAUAUCUAAUUGGUAGUAAAUGAAGUUAAACAUGUACUAAAUAUCAGUUUUAAAGCAGGCAAUUCUGUAUUUGCGCCCUCUCAUCUGUAAAAGUUGCUGCUACAUGUUUUGUUUGCUGAAAAUGUGAAAACAAUUGUGUGAUAUGUACUUACGUUUUUUCUUAAUUUAAGCAUCUUACUUUAAACGUAUGAAAGAAUCCUUAAGGAAUAAAUGGUUUUCUUUAUUUCUUUAUAUUUUUGUAGGUGUAGUGCCUAUGAGGAUUGUGAAACGUCACUUUUCUCAAAGUCAGGAAGAAAUCCAAAGAUUGUCACAGAGGCCUGACUGUACUGUGGUCAAGCUUGACUGUUUGUGUAACAAUAAAUGCAAUAAAAUGAGUGCUGGGUAAAACACA